AGGUUAAAGAUCUUGGUGUUCUUCGCCUUCCGGUGGGCGGCAACCUUGCCUUGACCGCCCGCCGGAUCUCAACCAAUUCAAACCUCCCUCUCCCUCUCGGCACCUCACUUUCUCUGUCUCCAAACACCCAAUUCAGAUCCCAAUUUCAAACCAGUUCACACCAUCUGCGCGGAUUCCUCAACCCUUUGUCGGAGGAGAGAAAGAAAAUGAAGCUGUCGGCGCUCCAGCAGAGCUACACCAACCACCGGAGCAACAGCUUCAGAGGAUCACCGCCGUUGGAGCCUUCAAUCGACGGCGGAUCCAAAUCUCCGGCAGCGGUAUUCUGGCUAGUCCUCCACGGCCUCUGCUGUCUCAUCAGCCUCGUCCUAGGGUUCAGAUUCACUGGUGACAUAGCAGUAAUGGAGCUAGUCUCUCAGUCCUCUCUCGGCGUUCGAACUCGCGCCAAGUCUCUCGCUUUGCAGAGACUCCAAUCAACCACCACCACACCACCACCACUACCACCGCCUCCGAACCUUGAAUCAUCUUACCUUCAGCUUCGAAGUCAGAGACCCAACAGACCCGGAGUGAAUCGACCUUAACCUCGAACUAGGGUG